AUGGCCACAAAAAGUUUGUCAGAAACAGCAUUAGUUGCAGUCAUUGGUGAUGAAGAUGUCGUCACUGGUUUCCUUUUAGCAGGUGUUGGACAAAAAGAUAAAAAGAAAAACGAAAACUUUUUAGUUGUUGACAGUAAAACCAGUCAAGCUAAAAUUGAAACAGCAUUCAAAUCAUUCACUACUAGAAACGAUAUUGCAAUUAUUAUGAUUACACAAAAAGUUGCAGAUGAAAUCCGUUAUUUAAUUGAUGAAUAUCAUCAAGUAAUUCCAACUAUUUUAGAGAUCCCAUCAAAAGAUCAUCCAUAUGAUCCAAAGAAAGACAGUGUUAUGUUAAAAGUUAAGAAAAUGACUGGUUCUGAUUAA